AUGGCAGAAGAAACGCAUCCAGUUGUUGUUGUCAUUGGUGGUACUGCCGGUACGGGUAAAUCCACCGUUGGGGCCGAAUUGACAAGUUUUUUCCAGGACAAAUAUCCAGGAACUGCAUUCAUUGAAGGGGACGCAAUUCACCCACAGGCCAAUAUCGAUAAAAUGAGUCGGGGCAUUCCAUUGACCGACGAGGACCGUUGGGGUUGGCUUCAGGAUGUGGCGAGAAUUUCUGCAAAAUCCGCGGAACAUCAUUCCGGCUUGGCGAUAGUGUCGUGCUCGAGUCUCAAACUGAAAUAUCGAGAUCUCAUGCGCGAGAAGGAACCGGACACUCGGUUCGCGUUCUUGUUCCUCUAUGCGGACCCAGAUGUGAUCCUGCAACGCUUUGCUCACAGGGAGGGCCAUUUCAUGAAGGCCAAUAUGGCGAAAUCCCAGUUUGCGGAUCUGGAACUGCCCAAAAACACCGAAAAAGACGCACACGUUCUCAACGUCGACGGUAAAGAUAUGAAAACAGUUCUUCACGAAGCAAUUGAGCAAGCGAAGACCUGGGGUCUCUAA